AUGGCGUUCCUGUUCCUGAUUGUGGCCUUCUCUACCGCCAUUACGGCAUUCCAUCACUCGCUCUAUGAAUUCGCCAGUGUGGACAAGGGCAUGGAGACCUUGCUCGAAAUCACCUUAGGUAUGUACAACACGGAAAACUACAAGGCUAUGCUCCACGAAUCCGUUUGGGUGGAGAUUGCCGUAAUCAUUUUCGUGAUCUUGGUCUUUGUAGUGCUCCUGAACCUCCUGGUGGCCCAGUUGAAUAUGGCCUACAAGCUGGCGCAUGCAGACAUGCAAGGCUAUGCACGACUCACUCGAGCCAGCAUCAUUGUCACCACCGUUGAGCAAGUCUCGCGUAAGCGAUGGAGAAGGUUCCUCCAGAGCUUGAAGUUCGACCAGCGGCUUGAGUUCAAUGAGGGUGACAUUGGCGUUGCAGGGGGUAUUCAAGUCUAUGAACCUUCAAAUCUCAAUCCCACCACGGUGGAUUCGGUCAGGCGCUUUGGUGGCUCAACUGCUCCUGGCAUGCCCUGGCCACAGGACCAAAUCACGGCGUGCCAUGUCAUGACCACACAGAGGGCCGUCUUCUAUGUUGUGCUCACAACGGCGAUGCUGUAUCACUGCUUAGCCGCCUCUGGUGGUGGCGUUUUGAAUGUGUGGGUCAUGAAUGUGCCCAGGUUAUAUUCACAGCGCUUCGCGCUCGAAGCCACCCGCACGGAGAGUGUGCGUUUGUCUGUCUCGGUCUGUCUGUCUCAGUCUGUUUGUCUCGGUCUGUCUAAUUUGUAUCCAUUGGAAAAGGACAUCAAAAACACACGUUCUAGAGCCAAUAAUGGCCGCCCUCCCCCAAGCCAAAGAUCUUCCAGUCUACCCGAGCCGACACAACGCGCCAGCACCUUCGGUGCGGGCGGAUUUUCACCAGCUUCUGUUGUGGUAGUGCUUCCAGUGUGCUUCGUGUUUUCCGUCGACCUUUUGAGUAGUGUGCUUGAGUUGGCAGGAUCCUUUAGCAGACGAUCAGAGCGACGACCGGCUCGAAAAGCUGGCCCCUUGUCGCGACAGCUGUUUCAUGAGGUGUGCCUUCAGACAGCCACCGCGAGCAAUGGGCAACGGGGGAGUCAUGCAUUCUCUUUGCUUCACCUCGGGCACAGGGCAACCCCUACCCACCGAAGCCAAUAG